GUGGAGAUGAAGGAGACAGAGGUUCCUGAUGCUCACUUCACAGUGGACAAACAGAACAUCUCUCUCUGGCCUCAAGAGCCUCCUCCCAAGCAGGACCUGACUCCAGUUCUAAGGAAACCUCACUGUAUCUGUGCGGCUUUCACCUGUCUGGCGUUGGUGCUGGUCGCCUCUAUUGUGCUUCAGGCUGUUUUCUAUCCUAGGUUGAUGGGCAAAAUAUUGGAUGUGAAGAGUGAUGCCCAGAUGUUGAGAGGUCGUGUGGACAACAUCAGCACCCUGGGUUCUGAUCUUAAGAGAGAAAGAGGCCGUGUGGAUGACGCUGAGGUCCAGAUGCGGAUAGUGAACACCAGCCUCGGCAGGGUGCGUUCUAAGAUUCUGUCUUUGGAAGCCAGCAUGAAGAUAGUCAGCAAUCAGCUCCAGGUAUUAACAAGGAGCUGGGGAGAGGUCGACAAUCUCAAUGCCAAAAUCCCAGAGCUGCAAAAAGAUCUGGAUAAAGCCAGCGCCUUGAACACAAAGGUCCAGGGACUGCAGAACAGCUUGGAGAAUGUCAACAAGCUGCUCAAAGAACAGAGUGACAUUCUGAAGAUGAUGUCUCGAGGCUGGAAGUACUUCAUGGGGAACUUCUACUACUUUUCCCGCACCUCAAAGACCUGGUAUAGUGCGGAGCAGUACUGUAUUUCUAGGAAAGCUCAUCUGACCUCAGUUUCCUCAGAAUCAGAACACGAGUUUCUCUACAAGGUAGCAGAUGGAGUUCCACACUGGAUUGGACUUACCAAGGCAGGAAGUGAAGGGAACUGGUACUGGGUGGACCAGACAUCAUUCAACAAGGAGCAAAGUAGGAGGUUCUGGAUCCCAGGUGAACCCAACAAUGUUGGGAACAAUGAACACUGUGCCAACAUCAGGGUGUCUGCCCUCAAGUGCUGGAAUGAUUCUCCCUGUGACAAUGUAUAUUCUUUCAUCUGCAAGAUGCCCUACAUCCAAGUGAUCACAUGA